UCGGAGGAGCGCACACACGGCUCAGCUUCCCCAUUGCAGCCGCGACAGGCAGCGAGAGAGGAAGCGCGGAUCGGAGGCUUUGGGGGGGUAAUGACGUGGGCUCGCCGUCCCCGCGGCUGACUGAUCGACACGCACUCUUUUUCCGACGCGCGCCUGGGAGACCCCCGGCCAGCCAGCACCCGGACAGCGAGAGAGGAGGGGAGCGACCGCAGUCCAGCCUCACAGCCGACCGCCGAGGAGCGAGAGAGAGAGAGAGAGAGAGAGAGAGAGAGAGAGAGAGAGAGAGGAGAGAGCGGCGGAGGAAUCAUCCCUUGGGACCGCGGACGCCCGUCACCCCGGGACACUUCACUUGGUCCAGGAUACUCAUCCUAGGCAGCUGAGAGAACCAGUCCUGAGCUUGUUCUUGGGGGAACCCUCAGCCGGUCACUUAGCAACCACUGAUGCAUUGUGGGAGCGCCAUGCCACCGAGGAGCUCAUUGGUUGGCCUGGCCUUGGUUGCCCUGGGCGUCCUUGGCAACACAGUCCACGGGGAGGGGCUGGUGAGGACCGCCCGCGUCAGACGGCAGGCUCUGGACGGGGACGUCGCCCCGGGCAACCAGACAUCGAAGGACCAGCCAAUGGUCUUCAACCACGUCUACAACAUCAACGUGCCCCUGGAGUCCCUGUGCUCCGUGGACCUGGAGUCGGCCCCCGGGCGAGGGGGCGGGGGGGCCGCCCCGGCCGAGACCGUGCCCCCCGUCUCCGAGUACGUGGAGCAGACGUCCGACCUGGACAGCCAGGUCACCUUCACCCACCGCAUCAACAUCCCCAAACAGGCCUGCGCCUGUCCCGCGGCCAGCACGGUGCAGCAGCUGGCCAGCCGGAUCGAGAUGCUGGAGCGCGAGGUGUCCCUGCUCCGGGCCCAGUGCGGGGCCGGGUGCUGCGGAGAGAGCGCCGCCAUUGGCCGGCUGGACUUCGUCCCGCACUGCGGCGGCCACGGGAGCUUCAGCAUGGACGCGUGCGGCUGCGUGUGCGACGAGGGCUGGGCCGGCAAGAACUGCUCCGAGCCCCGCUGCCCCGGCGACUGCUCCGGCCAGGGCGUGUGCGUGGAGGGCGAGUGCGUCUGCGACCGCGACUUCGGCGGGGACAACUGCUCGGAGGCCCGCUGCCCCGGCGACUGCUCGGGGCGGGGCCUGUGCAUCGACGGCGAGUGCGUGUGCGAGGAGGCGUACGCGGGCGAGGACUGCUCCUCGGGACGCUGCCUCAACGACUGCUCCGACCAGGGCUUCUGCGUCAACGGCACCUGCCGCUGCCGCCCGGGCUACGCCGGGGACGACUGCUCCUUCGCCACCUGCGCCAACAACUGCAGCCAGAAGGGCACCUGCAGGAGGGGCAUGUGCGCCUGCCAGGAGGGAUUCGGAGGGGACGACUGCUCUUCGGUGGCCCCGCCCACGAACCUGCGCGUACGUGGGGUCACGGAGCGCACCAUCGACCUGGAGUGGGAGGGCUCCGCGGUGCUGACGGACUACCUGGUCACCUACGCCCCCGCCAGCCCCGGCGGCGUGCAGCUGGACGUCAGGGUGCCCGGCAACGUCACCAGCUGCACCGUCGGCGAGCUGGAGCCGGGCAUCGAGUACAACGUCAACGUCUACGCCGUGCUCGACAAGGUCAUCAGCGCGCCUGCCAGCACCCAGGUCUCCACGUAUCUCUCCAAUCCGGACGGCUUACUCUUCAAAUCCAUCACUGAGACGUCCGUGGAGGUUCAGUGGGAGCCCUUCUCCUACUCGUUUGAUGGCUGGGAAAUUAGCUUCAUUCCAAAGGAUAAUGAAGGGGGCAUGACAGCCCAGCUGCCCAGCACCAUAACCUCCUUCAACCAGACAGGCCUGAGGCCCGGGGAGGAGUACACCGUCAACCUGGUGGCCCUGAAGGACCAGGGGCGGAGCCAGCCCGUGACCGCCACCGUCGCCACACUGAUCGACGGGCCGAGCAACCUGGUCGUGCGCGACGUCUCGGACACGGUGGCGUUCGUGGAGUGGGCCCCGCCCAAGGCCAAGGUGGACCAGAUCGUCCUGCGCUACCGGCUCCUGGGCGCCGAGGGGCCCCGCACCACCUUCCGGCUGCAGCCCGCGCUCAGCCAGUACUCGCUGCAGGUGCUGCGGCCCGGCUCGCGCUACGAGGUGUCCGUCAGCGGCGUCCGCCGCGGCAAUGAGAGCGACGCCGUCUCCGCGGAGUUCACCACCGUUCUGUCGUUCUUCUCAGAGCUGGACGCGCCCAAGAACCUGCGGGUGCUGUCGCGGACGUCCACGGCGCUGGAGGUGGAGUGGGACAACAGCGAGGCGGAGGCCGAGCUCUACCAGGUGGUGUACAGCACGCUCGCCGGCGACCAGUACGACAAGAUCAUCGUCCCGCGCAACGCCGGCCCCACCACCAAGACCACGCUCACAGACCUGAUGCCCGGGACGGAGUAUGGAAUCGGAAUAUCUGCCCUCCUGGGGGGUAACCAGAGUUCCCCAGCAACAAUGAACGCUAGGACAGGCUUGGACGUUCCCAUGGACCUGACGGUGACGGCCUCCACCGACAACAGCAUCUCCCUGCUGUGGGGGCUGGUCCAGGGCCCCAUCGACCACUACAAGAUCACCUACACCUCCUCCGCCGGCGUGACCACGGAGGUGACCGUGCCCAAAGAGCGGUCGGCCAUCACCCUGAGCGAGCUGGAGCCCAGCACCGAGUACACCAUCACCGUGGCGGCCCAGCGCGGCAGGCAACAGAGUGCGGCCACCACCAUCGACGCCUUCACAGGGUUCCGCCCGGUCACGCAGCUCUACUUCUCCGACGUGACCUCGUACUCGCUGACGGUGGCCUGGAGCUCGCCGGCGCCGCCCGCCGACAUGUUCAUCCUCAACUACAGCCCCCAGGACGGUGGGGACACGCUGGAGGUGACGCUGGAGGGCUCCAAGACCCAGGCCACGCUCAGCGGCCUGCUGCCCUCCACCCUGUACACGGUCACCCUCAUCACCGUGCAGGGCGACGUGACCUACGAGCCCGUCACUGGCUCGGCCGUCACAGGUAUGGACCCUCCUCGGGAGGUUAUCGUGUCCUCCGUCACCGAAGACUCCGUCACCAUCUCGUGGAGCCAUCCCAUCGCCCGAUUCGACUACUACAAGAUGUCUUACCAGUCGGCACGAGGAAGGGUGGACAGCGUGGUGAUCGACAACGACGUGACCAACUACACCCUGGGCAGCCUCCACCCGGCCACCGAGUACGAGAUCGGCCUGAACGCCGUGCGAGGAAGCCAGGAGAGCGAGGUCGUCACCACCAGCGUCUUCACGGCCAUGGACAUGCCGAUGGACCUGAUGACCCUGAACAUCACCCCCCAAGGGGCUCUCCUGAGGUGGACGCCCCCUCUGUCCAGCGUGGAUAACUACGUGCUCACGCUCACGCGCAACCAGGGUUCUCCCGGCGACCUGCGACUGACCUUUCCGUCCUCCGCGGUAGCCGCGGAAACCAUCCUGGUGGAGGGCAACCGCCAGGAGCACCAGCUGAGCCGCCUCCUCCCCAGCACCAGCUACUCUGUGGCCCUGUACGCCACCAAGGGGCCCCUCACCAGCGGCACCGUCAUCGCCAACUUCGCCACGCCCAUGGACGCGCCCAAAAACCUGACGGCCAGCGAGGUGAACCACCGGAGCGCCCUCAUUUCCUGGCUGCCCCCCAUCGCCGACAUCGACAACUACAUGCUGACGUACAAGUCCGCCGACGGCAACCGCAAGGAGCUGAUCCUGGAUGCCGAGGACACCUGGAUCCGGCUGGAGGGCCUAGCGGAGACCACGGAGUACACCAUCAGGCUGCAGGCCGCCCGCGGCCUGGAGACCAGCGCCAUCGUCUCCGCCUCCUUCUCCACAGGAAACCGCCUUUUCGCUACGCCCCAGAACUGCGCCCAGCACCUCCUCAACGGGGAGUCGCUCAGCGGCGUCUACACCAUCUAUGUGAACCGGGACCCCAGCCAGGGCGUGCAGGUUUACUGCGACAUGACCACCGACGGGGGGGGCUGGAUCGUCUUCCAGAGACGCCAGAAUGGCUUGACAAACUUCUCAAGGAACUGGACUGACUACAGGGUUGGCUUUGGCAACCUUGAAGAUGAGUUUUGGCUCGGCUUGGACAACAUCCAGAGAAUCGCCGGACAGGGACGCUACGAGCUCAGGAUCGACCUGAGGGACGGCCAGGAGGCCGUCUACGCCACCUACGACAAGUUCACCAUCGGAGACGCCAGGAACGCCUACAAACUCAGAAUAGGAGAGUACAACGGCACAGCAGGCGACUCGCUGACCUACCACCAGGGCCGGCCCUUCUCCACCAAGGACAGGGACAAUGACAUCGCCGUCACCAACUGCGCCGCGUCGUACAAAGGGGCCUGGUGGUACAAGAACUGCCACCGGGCCAACCUCAACGGCAAAUACGGGGAGUCCAGACACAGCAUGGGUAUCAACUGGUACCACUGGAAAGGCCACGAGUUCUCCAUCCCCUUUGUGGAGAUGAAGAUGAGGCCUUUCAACUACCGCAGCAUCAGUGGCAAACGGAGGAGGUCCACCGUUCUAUAAUUACCCCGCCCCCGCCCCGCCCUGCCCUACCCUGUCCUCUGCCCCUGGGUCCCGCUAGCUAUUCCUAUUUUUACACAACGAGGAAGGUGCCGAGCUGUGUACCUUAUCCAAUAAAGAGGAUGCAUACACAAGAUGGUCUUACUGUAGGAAACGUCUCCAGAGACAGGGAAGUGAACCAAGCUGGUUUCAACACCAAUUUCUUUUAAGUCAUAUAUGCUCCAUUGCAGAGAUGGGGUGGGGUGGGAGGGGUGGGAGGCGUGGGGGUUCGAAAGGGGGCAGGGCUUUUAGGCUGAGGUCAAGUGAGCUUGCAUUGAGUGUAUAGUACCCGCUUAGAGUGUUUUGCUUUUUCCCCUCCUGCCUUUUAAAAAGAAUUUUAACAAAAUGGUAUAUGCCCUAAAAAGAAGUGAGAUGUCUCUAUUUUUAUAACGAGAAGUAUAAUCGAUUCCUGCUUUUUUUCAUGAAGUGUUUGUUAGCCUCAUUCUCAAGAGUCUGAUGUCAUGUUUUUUUUUUGUGUUUUUUUUUAUUUGUUUUUUUUGUUAUUGUUUGACUGAAAACAUGGCACUGGCAAUUCAGUCAGGGGUGAUGAGUGUUGAUUAUGAAAUAGCGUGUCCAUCUCCUUAACCAGCCCAACGUUCAUCUCCUCGUAACUUAGCACUUCCUGUCUGACCUCUACCACAGCCGCCAUGUGACAGUAUGAGAUAGCGUUAUUUAUCUAUUUAUUUGCGCGUGUCCUUUUAUUUGUUGCGUAUGUCGACUUGAGCAUUUGAAAGUUGUCAGCAGAGUGCCACAGCGAAAAGAAAAGCUGAGGCUAAAGAUUGUGAACGAACUCGUUAAUGUCGAUUUUUUUUUUUCCAAAUGCACUGAGCCUUUCAGCAUACAUUCCGGUACGUCUGCCUCCGAUUGUGAGUGACAGUGUGACGCCGCAUACUGGCCUGGCAUCUGCAUUGUCCUUUAACUGCGCUUAAUUAAUAAGAUAUUCACAUCACUGCGUCCGUCAAAGUGUGCAGUCAUAAAUGGGCAAUACUUACGGAGACAAAAUAAAAAUAAAAAAUGAAUAAGAAUUCGUACAUAAGGUCUGAAAAAUAAAAAUAUUUUAGUUCUGAAAAAAAAAUUAUAACUCGACAGAGUUAUUUGCAUUCUGAGUAACUAACUGGCUUGCAUUGGGUAUUCACAAAGGCACGUAUUCAAAUCUGACUCCAGCAAAUACACGUUGAACUGAACGAAAUGAAUAUGCACAGAUUUUUUUUUAAACAGUGCAGAUUAUAUGCUGUACUCGCAUACAUCAACCAUUGUCACUUGACAUUCCGCUGCCAGCUAAUUUGCACUAAUCAAAUGUAGCCGUGUCUAAACAAUGGCUGCUUCUUAUUUUAUUAGCUUGCUGAACUGUCUUGCAUAGUUGCACAUCAAAGUAGUUUUUUCUUUUUUUUUCAUUUCAGUUUCAGCUAGUUUUUUUAAUUGGACUCACUGUGUGUGCAUUUUGUUUGUCUCUCAUUACCUUUCUGAUUUGAUACCGGAACUGAGUGUAAGUUAAUUUGGUGAAUUUGAAUUGAGAGGAAGGCUCCCUUUCUGAAAAGCAAUGUGCAGGUUUUCAUCUUAGUCAAAGCUAUGUAUGACUAUGCACAUAGUGUCCCUGGUUAGAACAUGUGAGAACAUCACCAUGAUAUUGUGUUCUAGGCGCUGUAGAAUUAAUUGUCUGCUGUAAGGAUACUGCAAUAUUUUCUUGUUUUAUUUUAUAUUUGCAUUUCCUUUCCUGAAAUCCAGUGGUUGCAUUUAGGGAGUUCAAAUUAAAGUCUCUGUGUUUCUCUGAUACGCUACAUUAGUUCAGUUUGCCAUGGUUAUGUUUUGCCAGUGAAGGCCCUUUACUCGAGAACCGUGUCAGAAUUGAGGAUCAUUUUCCCCUUGUUAUGUAAUUAUUUUGAUGGUUUGUUUUGGCGUUGAACCAAAGACUUUCAGAGAAAGGCAAAUUUCUGUACAGAAAUUAAUGGUGACUGUAUGGAGGAUUUCAUGCAGAAUAUGACCUUUUAACAUCUGAAGUGCAUUGACACCAGCAGUUUUCUUUUAACACACACACGCACACACACACAUAUACAAACAGGAUUUGUUUGAGCACACUACAUAAAUGUCACCCAGCUUCCUAAAUGCCACCGAUUUUUGAUAGGUACCCCCUCAUACAUACUGCACAUGCCCCUAAUUUAUAGAUGCUUUUGCAUUUAGGUACACUGGCAGUGAAGUGGAGGGUAGUGACAGUGGUGCAGUCCCUAGAUCGAGACUGGGUGACUGGCUCAUUUCUUGUAGCUUUUCCAAACCACCUCUGCACAUUCAUGGCUGUGAUUCGACAAGUUAAGGGCAAAGCCAAAACAAAGGGAGUUUGGGGUUUCAGGAACUCCAAAUUUGGUGGAGCCAUCUUGUUGUCACCACUGACUAGAACCAAUAACAGUAUUGUGUUGGGGUAAGCAAAGCCUUUUGAGUAGUUCUGGCCCCUUUGAAAGUAUAGAAAGGAUACCCUGUUCGUUGCUCUGCAGCAAUUGCCAAUCAAAUGUUUUAGAACUCAUUUGUCAAAAGGUCAAAGGUCUGUAAUUGACAGUAACAGCCUGACUUCAUCCGACACUCAAAGCCUUAGUCCCUCAUCACUAGGUGGGGCCACACUGGUUCCUCUGGUGAUGCUGAAAGCAUCCUUAGAUCAGAAAAAAAAUAUUUUCAGUAGCCUAUGAUAAGGAAGAGGAGGUUUCGUGGAUUAAGCAUAGUUCGAGCCGUUUGAAUCUCAAACACUGAACACCAGCACCUGCACAAGGUACUAGUAGCCUAUGUAGCAUUUACAAACCUCUUAUUUUUGACUACUAAAUGAUAACAGGUACGUCGGUACUUGAACAUAUUUACAUUGUAUUUACAUUUUUAGCAUAAAGUUAUAAGUAUGUCAUAUGAAUAAAAAACAUGUACAGCCUAGACAUUGAUUACAGCAAUUGUGUUGCCCAAAUCCUACAUGCAUCACACGCAUUGCACAGUACUGUAAAACAUAUUUAAUUUAAAUGCAAUUCUUUAUUAGCCCUAUGUACACACAUAAUAUUGACAGAGUAAUUUUCUGACAGUAGGGAGAUGUGUAGGACUUUAAAUUUAAAAGGAAUUUAUCUUUUGGUAUUUUUUAAACAUCUUGAUACCACAUGUUUGGAAAAUUUCUUUGAAACUUCAGCCUAUUUGUGAGGUUAAAGGUUUAUGAUACCUGAUUUUUAAAGCUUAACUCAAGUGUUAUAACAUUGAAUUAUAAAUAUAAUUGGCUUUGCUGAAUUAUGUACAUGUACAUGUUUUGAAUUCCCUGCCGAUCACAUUACCAUGUACUGUAUGUUCAUCUGUGAGUGUAAAUCAGAUCCUUUGAGUUUGAUGUCUGGGAGAGGCAAGCAAUGUAACUUAUCCUUGUCUUCACCGAAUUGUUAUUAAAAUAGACACGAUGACUCAUAACCAGUUAGUAGAGGUCAGUUAUGAGAGGAGACAAACUGGGUUCUUGCAUGUCUAUUAAUCAUCAGGCAUAAAUGAUAUUCAUGAACUCGCAGUAAUUAUGGCUGAUGCCGAUGAACCUCCCCACAACAAGACACAAUUGAUUCCUUAAUUGUGUUGUGACUUUUUGGCUCAUGCAAUUAUGACUUGGGAAUGUGUUUUGCUGAAAAGGUGAAGCCACAUUUGCAGUUAAUUGGAAGGAAUUGCAGGUAUGUAAUGAAAGAAUUGCAGAGGUAUUUUGCUGUUGUCUGUUUGAAAUGAAUCGAUAAGAAUAGCGCUUGAACAGUUUUUGCAGUGCUUAGAAUUUUUAUGGGGCUCUUAACACAGAUUUUUUUUUUAAAGAACUGAAUAGGUAGAAAACCAAUAACAUUCGCAUUUGACCUCAAACAUUUAUUCUUAAAAUUUCCACCAUGUACACAUAACCUGAAACACCUUUUGACCAGAUUGAAAAAAGCAGUACAUUUCAGAGUGAAUUGAUUUGACAGGAUAUUAUCUAUAGACCAUAAGACAUCUGUGUUUAUGUUUUGUUUUCCUUAAAUGACCCCUGCACACCUUGUGGUAUGUGCAAGGGUCACGGUAAGGCUUCUGAUAGCAACUGUUCCAUAGUCACUGCUCAUUUAUUUGCGUGCUCUGGUCUGGUAUUAUAGCUGCAGGGUUUGUUAAAAAAAUAACAUUUGUAUUUCAUUUUAGCUUGAAGGCUGAAAAUUACAGUAAUUUUGAACAUAAUUCUAAACUGCUUUUGAUAAGAGAACUAUUCUCUGAACAGAAGCAGAACUCAAAAAUACAAGUUUAACUGCAAGAUCUCUGUAAUUAUUUCAAUGUUUCCCGGCUGUUAGAGUGGAAAUUGCUUGUGACCAUCUUUGUUUGUGUUGAUUUAUCCCUUAAAUCAUUAAUCCAUACUUAAGGUUGAAGAAAUAGCUGUAAUUACUGGGUUUCUGUUACUUAUUAUAGUUUCUUAUCAGAUAAUCACCCCUAGAGGUGAAAUUAUUGCAUGCCACCCAUAGGAUUUCACAUCUUCAGUGUGAAGAAAUGUAAUAUGGAAAUCUAUAUUUGAAAUGCUUAACUGCCUCAUUAGACCUGACCUAAUAUUGACCUUGGUAAUGCAACAUAGUGAGCAGAACCUGAAGUCAUGAAUUUGAUAUGAACUUUAGCUAUGUGCGUUUUCCAAAGCAUUUGCAGAUACAGUUACUCCACUGGUAUGACAUCCCCUUACUAGAUGUAUUUAAUUGUUUAAAGAUUAGUUAAUCAUUUAGCCCCCCCCCUUAUUUAAUAAUAGAUAAUAGGGUGAUAAGAAUUUUGAGAAAGAUGUGCAGAUUACUGGUGGAUCUAUGUAACGAACAUGGGCAUCUUUGUUGAUGGGCUCCCAUUGUAUCUACUGAUGGUUUCAAAAGGCUUUUGUGAACAUUUUCAGUUAACCUCACACCAUAAUACAUCCUCCUGGACAUUUUUAACUCUUUUUUUUUGUUGCUGUCUUAUUUACAAAAAAAAAAAAAACGAGAAUAACGAUGAUAAAACACCUCUGUACAAGAGAUACGAACUCCCUUUCUACUACUGUAAACACUGAGAUUUUUAUACAAGUACGUGUAACAGACUGUUCAAGUGUACCGGCUAACGCUUUGCAAAGCACUGUGGUCUUGUCUGCCAAGAUACACUCAAUAUGUGCAAAAAAAUAAAAAAGGAAAUGGGUGGAAGUAGCAGUUCCUGUAAGGCUACGAAGACCUCUGACAAGGACAGAAAGGACUGGCUUAGUGCUCCAUCACAUGUUGAUUGAUUGCGGUCAUGAUCACGGCCCUUGCUGUUGUCUCACUUUAACUUUAAUUUAACUUAAUUCCGGCUGGGUGGAAGUGAGCUGGGCCUUUGGUCAGAGUUAAUGUGUAAAUCUCUCUCAUGGCCUGCAGUUUAGAACACAGAGCUGGCAGAGGAACAAAAAUCGCCAUUCUUUAAAAAAAAAAAAAAAGAAAAGAAAGAAUAAAAGCAGAAAGCCCGUUAAUUUCCCCUUUUGUGUUGGCGCUAUGAGUAAAACACAAUCUAGUAUGAAAUCAACUCAGAUAAAUGCCUUGCAAACCCAAUUAAACCGUGUUAAAGAAAAAAAUGUUUAAAAAAAAAAAACAGCAAUGUACGUUUUUCUUGAUGGCUGCAGCUGCAACGCCCCCCUCUCUCCCCCCUCCCACAUCCCACAAUGCUUUGCACACUGGCAGUGCAGUUCAGGUGGUCAACGGCAACAACGUAAUUGACUGUGAGAGCCAUAGAGAGGAAGUAUACCUUUUCAUGCACAGUGGUGCAGAAAGCCAUUCACGCUGAAAGUGGCAUUAGUGCGGUCCUAAGUGCGGGGAGCCUGCUCUCAGACCAUUUUUGAAUUGAAAGAAUCUCUGUGCGACUUGCACUAAGAGCUCUGCAAUUGAGACGAAGGCCAGAUUGUUCCAGUUUUUUUUUUGGUUUUUUUUUUCCCCCAUAUGCUUCGAUGUCUGUCCUAUAGUUAGCGUAGCAGUCUUCGCAGCCACAGUUCAGUGACUCGCGGUCCGUUGACGAACCCUCCCUAACGAGCUGCGGGCCGCGAGCCAGCUCUCCGAUGUCUUUCUUUCCCCGGCCUCUCUGGUUCCAACGCGAGUCCUACGAAACAUUACAUUACACGCAUUUAGCAGACGCUCUUAUCCAGAGCAACGUACACGACUUUUCACACAGCGUUUACAUUGCAUCCAUUUAUACAGCUGGAUAUAUAUACUGAAGCAAUGCAGGUUAAGUACCUUGCCCAAGGGUACAACGGCAGUGUCCCACACGGGAAUUGAACCCGCAACCUUUAGGUUACAAUACCAGCACCUUACCCAUUAUGCUACACUGCUGCACCGGAAGCAGCCAGGAUUCUCUGCGGUGGAACCGGCGUGGGUGCGCUCGUGGUUGCCAUGGCGCUGUGAGAGGAAACGGGCGCGGCGCAGAUUUCGGCUCCACGUCACAUUACUCUCUGCCAGCGUCUCAACGUUGUGUCAGUGAAGAUAACCAAAGCAAAAAGGUCACCACUCGGGUUCAAUUUCAAGCAGAAAUGUCUUUACCUUGGUGGGGUGAUACUCUGUCAAAAAAGCUAGUCAGUACUGAGGCACCGUCCUCUCCUUGGUAGCCUUGCCCAAGGCCUUUUUUUUUUUUUUUUGCUGAAGGGUAGACUUUUUGACUCUGGCUGGUGUUUUCUGUAACCCGCUGCUUUGACCUUGCAUUGUAAACACAGGAAAGAACAGAAAGGGAGUCUAUUAUCGCGUUUUCUGCUUUGUUUUGUUUUUUUCCUUGCCCGUGUUGUGUCUGCACUUGCUGGAGAGCCGUAUUCCUAAAAUGUUCGAACGCCUCCAUUCUGGGUGGAGCUGAGAGAUUAGAGGGUUAUUGGUCGCGAUCGGAACUCGUCGUUCGAGGAUUAUCUCCGCAGACGAGAUUGUGCAAACGGAAUUCGGCCUUGAGAAACGCAGGCUCAGGCCGAUUACGUUGCGUUGGAUGGAUAAUCAUUAUUGGUCUGCUCAGCAGACUCUCUCAUUCGAAGCAUAUACCACACAGACGUGUUGUGACUUAUUUGUGACGGUAAGAUAAACUUUAUUAUGCUGGACUGUUUAAAAUAGGGAGCCAAUAUAUAUAUAGCAGCGAGCAUGAACACAGUGCACCUGGUUAAAGCUGGUGAUGCCUAAACUUGCCAAACUGUUUAUGAAGUGAAACAAACACUUGCAUUUAAACGUAGCGUACAGUAUAUGAAUGAUGAAGACAAAAUUAUGGUGGACUUUCCCUUAAACCCGAGUGUUGCUAUCGAAAGGCCGUAUGGCGACCUAUCCCAGCAUUCCUUCUCUUUGUCUUUCAUUUGUGCGCAGGAUUUUAUUUUAUUUUUUUCUCUUCGGUGGAAGGCUUAUUUUGAACAACCUUCAGUGAUCAAAAUGUGUCAGAGGCCAGCGCAGGUACUGAGAGGAGAUGAGAGAUGCUCAUGUGAAGGAUUAUACUUUCCCUCUAUGGCUCAGGGGGAAUCUAAAACAAUCUGAAUUUUGCAUGCCGUGAAGGUGCUUAUUCAGUGAAACUGUGAAGACCGGUACGAGCGCCGCGAAAGCUGCGACGCCGAAAGACAGGAUCCUGUUGGAUAAUCUCGGAUGUUGAUGUUACCCGUCAGAUUAGUUUGGUUUUAGCUUGAAUUAACACAUGUACUACUGUAUAGGCCCUUUUUUAAUACAUUUUCUACACAUUAAUAAAAUAUUAAAUCUAACCAAA